GUGCCAACCAUACAGACAGGCCUGAGUAAUUACCUACAAUACCCGGCUGCUGCCAUGAUGCCAGAGCUGUCCAAGUGGGUCAAUGUAGCCGUUGCUGACCCUAGUGAAAACACAGCCCAAAUCGAAGUUAUACCAUGCAAAAUUUGCGGAGACAAGUCAUCAGGAAUCCACUAUGGAGUCAUCACAUGUGAGGGCUGCAAAGGGUUCUUCAGACGCAGUCAGCAGAACAACGCCGCAUACUCCUGCCCUCGCCAGAGGAACUGUCUGAUCGACAGGACCAACCGAAACCGCUGCCAACACUGCCGCUUACAGAAGUGUCUCGCACUCGGAAUGUCCAGAGAUGCGGUGAAGUUUGGCCGCAUGUCAAAGAAGCAGCGAGACAGCCUGUACGCCGAGGUGCAGAAGCACCAGCAGCGGAUCCUGAAUGAGCGGCAGCAGCAGACUGGAGAGGCCGAGGCCCUGGCGCGCGUUUACUCCUCCAGCCUGACCAACGGCCUUAACACCCUCAACCACGAGAUCGGAGGCACCUACGCCAACGGCCACGUUAUCGAACUUCCCAAGGGCCAGGUGAAUGGUGGUGCCCCCGGCGGCUACUACCACAGUAUGGACUCCACCCAGCCCUCCCCGGAUCAGUCAGGCCUGGACAUGGCGGGCAUGAAGCACAUAAAACAGGAGCCUGUCUACGACCUGACCCCGGUGACCAACCUGUUCAACUACAGCUCCUACCAGGACAGUCAGCUGGCGCCAAGCAAUGUCAGCAUGGGAGAGCUAGAUCGUAUCGCCCAGAACAUUAUAAAGUCUCACCUGGAGACCUGUCAAUACACAGCAGAUGAGCUCCAGCAGCUGGCCUGGCAAACACACUCCUACGAUGACAUCAAGAUGUACCAGAGCAAAACGCGAGACAUGCUGUGGCAGCAGUGUGCCAUCCAGAUCACACAUGCCAUCCAGUAUGUGGUGGAGUUUGCCAAGCGCAUUUCCGGCUUCAUGGAGCUGUGCCAGAAUGACCAGAUCCUUCUGCUCAAGUCAGGUUGUCUGGAGGUGGUCCUGGUUAGAAUGUGUCGCGCGUUUAACCCACUCAACAACACAGUGCUGUUUGAGGGGAAGUACGGGGGCAUGCAGAUGUUCAAAGCUCUAGGCUGUGACGAUCUGGUCAGCGCGGUGUUUGACUUUGCCAAGAGUCUGUGCUCUCUGCAGCUCACUGAGGAGGAAAUCGCCCUGUUCUCCGCAGCAGUGCUCAUCUCCACAGACCGGCCGUGGCUGAUGGAGCCCAGGAAGGUGCAGAAGCUCCAGGAGAAGAUCUACUUUGCGCUGCAGCACAUCAUGCAGAAGAACCACAUGGAUGAGGACACGCUGGCUAAGCUGAUUGGUCGGAUCCCCACGCUGUCGGCCCUGUGUACUCUCCACACCGAGGAGCUACAGGCCUUCCAGCAGCUUCAUCCCGAGACGGUCAAUGUGCUCUUCCCCCCACUCUACAAGGAGCUCUUCAAUCCCGACCCCAAUGCAGCCAUCACCAUACCCAAGUGACUGCCUACGGUCCAAUCUCAGAGAGUGGACCACACCGUGACCGCGGACGCAUCAUUACCGCAACCGCAAAGCCCGGACCCCAGGCCCGGACCCUCCAGACACUUACAGCCGCAAACACUAGGAAUGUCCAGCACUUAUCCAACCCUAUUCACCGAUACAGUCUAAAGAAUGUAUAUAAUGCACCCAUGACCAAGGGGCUCUUCAGAACUGAUCAGAAAUGUACAGACUUUAACUAGCACAUUUAAGCUGUCUUUUAACUGGGUAAGUCAAUUUGUUUAUCUUUGAUACAUUUUUUUUUACAUGAUAUUGUGAUAUUGAAGGUCGGGGGGGGGGGGGGUUCGUGUGGAUUCAGAAAAAACUAUUGUAGAUAUUCUUUAGUACAGAGCGGAUUCCAGUAUUACUUAUUUUUCUGUUAAUAUUUUAGUCCUAAGUUAAAACUGCAGCUGCCCUAUGUGGCUGAUAACCUGUCUAUGUGUUUUUUAUUUGAUAGAUUAAUGUGUACAGAAUUGGUCAAGAUUUAAAGGAGACUUGUUAAAGAAUAUUGGGUUAAACCUGGGGGGGGGGGGUGCUCUCGGUACGUCGAGAAACCUUGUCUGGGCUCUGUUGAUAUGUGAAGAGGGUAUUGCAUCUUUCAGUUGAGAACUAUUCAACUGUAAAAGAAGGAGUAAAACAAUUAUGGCUACUCUUCAAGGUGACGAUAUGUACAUAAAUAUUCUAUUUUGUGUGAGAAAAAAAAAGUUUCUGGCAGAUUGCCAUCCUGCCAGCCCCCCCUAAACCUACCGCCACCUCUCUCCACCCCACCUAGCCAAAACGACUGUGUUGAUCUUGGUGUCUUUUCAUGAUGGCUUAGUUAUUAGUCAGUGAAUAUAAGAAUCCUAGACACUGCAUAAACCUCUUCCUCUCUUACAUCCCCCUCAUUUUGCACAAUCUACGCCCAUGCUAAUCACUGGGCAUCUUAAAUGAAGAAUACUUUCUCUCGCUCUUUCUCUCCGAGGAGAUAGAACUUUCACACUGCUUUUUCCUUACCCUUGCAUUCCUCUGCUCAGCCUCGUCCUUCUAGAACAGUCAAUCACAGGGUAGUCAUGAUUAGCUGGAGUGGAUACACCAGGAUGUCCACUGAUCAUUUCUUUCAAUUUGACUGACAAUCGGACGUUCAAUCUUUCAGAUUAAAAUGGAUACUUGAAACACAUUCCACAUUACAGAGAGUGCACUCUGAGACUGUAGAUCUUGCACUGCUUAUUCUAGGGGUAAUAGAUAUUCUUCACUGAAACAUUUGCCACUUAAAGUUGCAAUACAUUGUAUAAUCUUUAUAGUAAGCUAUGAUAGACAAUCACUUCCUGUUUUGUUUAAUUUAUGAACAGUUUAGAAUGUUUUUCAAAUGCUUUUUAAAUGUUAAUGUUGAAGAUCUUCGAGGAUUUCCUUAGAUGUUAUAAUAGACACGUUUACGUGUUUCGCACAGUUGCCAAAUCCCUCUGAGCUUUUAGUGGAGAAUAGAUGCUAGCCAGUGCCAGUGUACAGAACAGUAUGACCGGAGACAUUUUCCUCCUCUUCCCAUAUCCAUUACCCCCCACCCUUUCCCAUAUGCAGUGACCACUAUGUUGUCCUGUUAUCCUCUGUAUACACAGGAUGAGCUUCUAGUCAUAGCUCCCCACCCCCACCCCCUCAUUCUAUACACCCCCCCCCGGCCCAAAAGCAGUUCCCAUCCCUCUCCCCUCAUAGGUCAGAGGUCAGUGGCUCGUUAAAGACAAUCACUUGCAUUUCAAUGCACUACACAGCAUCUCUCUCAGGGAGCAACGAUUAUUCUGUCUUUGCAUGAAAAUAACAUUUUUACAUUUUUUUUAAAUGUAAGCGUUUUUGGGAGAGAUAAAUAUGCUGGUGGCUCCCAGCGAAGGAACCUACCCAGACAAGGUCUGUCCUGUCUGUCUGUCUCUGUCUGUCCUGUCUGCCUGUCUGUCUGUCUGUCUGUCUGUCUGUCUGUCUGUCUGUCUGUCUGUCUGUCUGUCUGUCUGUCUGUCUGUCUGUCUGUCUGUCUAGGAUUCACUGUCCGGGUCCAUAUAAUGGGGAGAGCCAUUAUCUACAAUAGUCCCAGAAAUUCCUUUAACAAUGUCCUGAAAAUAACAUUUUCAGGUGCAUUCAUAAAACCACCCCUGUUCUAGAUAUGCUGCUUGUGUUACAAUGAAGGAAGACCAUAACUAAGCUGGCGUCCAACCAUUCCAUGCCUAUAGGACAGUGAAUUUAAACCCACUUUGUUUUUAUUUUCCCUUUCUAGACUGUGAAUCAGGGGGUUGGGGUUGGGUUUGGGGGACGGGGUUGGUCAUCUGAGUGACAAAUCAACACUGUAAGACACCAUGGAGCGCAGACAAUCCCAACGAUCGAUUGGUUGUUAAUCCCAACGAGACCACUGGACAACGUGCGCCGCCAUUUUAUAUACUUCAUCGGAAACGUUUCACAUGCUUAGUCAAAUACACUUACACCCCAACUUCUGCCUCCUUAGAGAACCCGUGUAUGUGUGUGUGCGUGUGGGGGCUUGUGUAAGAGAGAGAGAGUGAAUGAAUGAGAGGGAGAAAUUGAGGUUCUUUGUUCUAUUGAUGCUUUGUAUACUUUCUUAAUGCAUUAAACGUGUGUGCUAUUGGAGUAGUGUUGAAAUGGUUAAUUUAUUGAUUAGAAUGUCUUUGCUUCCCAGGGUGAGAAAGUAAAGUAAAUGUAGCAUCUGUGACCAAAACCCUUAAAGGUAUGGGGUACAGAAACUUUAAAAAAAUUAAAAAAACUUUUUUAAAGGAACACGUUUUUUUCAAGUGCCAUAGUUAGAGAGGACAAGCUCGACUGGCGUAAUGGGAAAUAGUUGCUUUACUGUGAGUUUACUUGAGGUCCAAUCAAAAAGGGGAAUUUUGAGGCAAGUGUGUAUUUCAUUACAUUGAAUUGUUUGUUUAUAUGUUUGCUUUUUUCACUUGUUGAGUCAGCUCAGACCUUAGAACUUUGACCCAGCUGUGACCCAGCUUUGUGUGUGUGAGUGAGUGAGUGAGUGAGUGAGUGAGUGAGUGAGUGAGUGAGUGAGUGAGUGAGUGAGUGAGUGAGUGAGUGAGUGAGAGGUUGUGACAUAAAUUAAGAGCUUUGGUGAUCCAGUUGUAUUGAAGUUCUGAGUUUUCCUGAGCCAUCUCAGUGUCUCCUCCUUCGAGAUGUAAAUAAUGAAGUCAAGGUCUGAAGUGAUUUUUGUUAAAUUCUAUAUUUUAUCGCUUUUGUAGACAUUUCUUUGUGGGAAGAAAAAUAAAAGAAAUGUUAUGGAUGCA